AUGUUCUAUCACGACGAUCUCACAUCUCAGCCUUGUUUGGAUAUGGCUCGGCUACAAAUCCACGGGAAUACUGACAAGUUCGGAAAGUAUGCCCGUCUCCGUUCUAGAUAUGCAACAAAGUCAAGCAGUGAUUUAGAGAACAAGGCCAUCGUGUUCUAUGAUCUCGGAUUUGGUCCAGCUGACCGUUGGGUUGGCGAACGUUGGCGACGCACAUAUGCUAAAGUGUAA